AAUGGAAGAACACGUUCAGUUACUUUUAAUUUUGAGUUCAUAAUAAGGAAAAAUAAUUUUAAAUCUAUUGGUUAAGUACUUGUUUGCAGCUAGGAAUCGUGGAUGGAAUUUACAGAGUAACAAUCCAGCCGGUCAUUUAGAAGACGAAACAUCAAAUUUUGCUGUGGAUUGGAAAGUUUUUUUACAAUGACUUUGGGUAAAGAAAUGCAGGGAAAGUUGAUUACCAUCAGACUCCAGAUAGGCCUAUCUCGUGAGGUCUAUAAUCUUAAUUCAAGUGAUGCUGUCUUUGGGAAUGUGAAAAAAUUGGCAGUGGACCUUGUGGAGAAGAAGUACCCAGAAUAUGGCUUCCUGGGUGUUUCUGAAAAAAUCCAACUCUUUCGUCAUAAUAUGAGCUCGGAAAAUAUCCUAGAACAUCUCAUCUCAUCUAACUCCAUUCACGAAGGAGACCUCAUUGAAGUUGUCCUACCAGCUUCUGUAUCCUUGGACUUUUCGAUACGCCCUCACAUUUUACUAGUUCACUCCUACAAGUCCCCAGCCUUUUGUGAUUACUGUGGAGAAAUGCUAUGGGGCAUCGUCAGGCAAGGGCUAAAAUGCCAAGGCUGCGGUCUUAAUUAUCAUAAGCGCUGUGCUUUUAAGAUCCCAAAUAACUGUAGAGGCGUAAAAAGGGGAUCUCUUUCCAGUCGCUCAUUUACAGGAGCAAGUUCUAUUAUAAGACAAAGAUCAACAACACAGCAAGGUGGAGGAAGUUUGGAAGAUCUGGGAGCACACAGUCUAGAAUACACCCUAAGGAAGCCACCUCGAGUUCCUUCAUUCAGUGGGCGUCCUAUUUGGAAGGAUUGGCAGGACAUGAAUAGAGUGAAAGUUCCCCACACCUUCCAAGUCCAUUCUUACACCCGUCCAACCAUAUGCCAGCACUGCAGGCGUCUACUGAAGGGACUUUUUAGACAGGGCAUGCAAUGUAAAGAUUGCCAAUUUAAUUGUCACCGACGCUGUGUGCCAGAAGUACCUGAUGAGUGUUUAGGCGAGGUGUCCAGAAGCCUGGAUGGAGAUGAUGCAGACUCAUAUAAUCCUGAGGCAGAGGAUGAUACAGAAAUUGGAAAAAGUAGCAGCAGUAGUGGAAGUGUACAUGAAGAAGAGGACCUUUUAAUCAAAGGGCCAGAAACACCUGCUUGCCCAUGUGACAAUCCAAUGUUUGACAGUAACUUUAUUCCUCUUAUGAGAGUGGUUCAGUCUGUGCGAUAUAACAAGAAGAAAAACAGUUGUGUGUUAAUGGAAGGGUGGUUGGUCCAUUUUACCAGUAAAGACAACAUGAGAAAGAAGCAUUAUUGGCAACUGGAUAGCAAGUGCAUCACUUUGUUCCACAAUGACACUGGUGGAAAGUUUUAUAAGGAAUUGCCUCUCUCUGAUAUUCUCCAUAUUGAGGCUUUUGAUAAGAAAGCUAAUGGACUCCAAUCAAAUGAAGAUGUGCCUCACUGCUUUGAGUUGUUAACGGACACCUUAGUAUAUUAUGUGGGGGAAAGGCGUUCUUCCGAAGAAACUGGGCAUAACUCAGGGGAUGUGUGGUAUAAAAUGGUUCGGCAAGCUCUGUGGCUUGGCAUGAAUGAGAACCCCACAUCGAAGAAUACUGUUGGUACAGGCACAAAACCUGAAACACUGCAGAAUUUAGACAUCAGUCACAUGUACCAGAUCUUCCCAGACGAUGUUCUGGGAUCAGGACAAUUUGGAAUUGUUUUUGGAGGAAAACACAGAAAGACCGGGAGAAAUGUUGCAAUUAAGGUUAUUGACAAACUCAGGUUUCCCAGUCGACAAGAGAGUCAGCUUAGAAAUGAAGUGGCGAUUCUCCAGAAUCUGCGUUUUCAAGGAGUGGUGGAUCUUGAAGCAAUGUGUGAAACCCCAGAACGUAUAUUUGUGGUUAUGGAGAAGCUACAUGGCGAUAUGUUAGAGAUGAUCCUUUCUAGUGAUAAGGGACGACUUCCAGAAAGGAUUACAAGAUUCCUUGUUACUCAGAUUUUAAUGGCCCUGCGGCAUCUCCACUCAAAAAAUAUUGUUCACUGCGACCUCAAACCAGAAAAUGUCCUCCUAGCCACUGAGGAUCCUUUCCCACAAGUCAAGCUUUGUGACUUUGGUUUUGCUCGUAUUAUUGGUGAGAAGUCUUUCCGUCGGUCUGUUGUUGGGACUCCUGCUUACUUAGCCCCUGAAGUACUGCGGAACAGCGGUUACAACCGUUCUCUUGACAUGUGGUCGGUCGGAGUCAUUAUCUAUGUCAGUCUAAGUGGAACCUUCCCAUUCAAUGAAGACGAAGAUAUUAAUGAUCAGAUCCAAAAUGCAGCCUUCAUGUACCCAAAGAACCCAUGGAAUGAGAUUUCAAAUGAUGCAAUUGCUCUGAUCAACAGUUUGCUGCAAGUGAAAAUCAGAAAAAGGUUCAGUGUUGACAAAGCAUUGAGUCAUCCCUGGAUGCAGGACUUUCAAACUUGGCUGGAUCUUCGAGAGUUGGAGACAAGGGUAGGCCAGAGAUACAUUACCCAUGAGAGCGAUGACGCACGUUGGCAAAAAUUUGCAGAAGAAUGCGGUAUUGUGUACCCACAACACUAUGUCAUGGGUCCCCAGUUUGAUGAAACUGAAGAAGAAGAUGAAGAUCAGGGGUGAAAUAAUGUGUUUACUACUGGUAAUAUAUUUUACAGCAUUCUACUGUAACAUCAGAAGACUUUUGGAAAAUGUCACCUUCUAAGCUACGUGGACAAGACAAGUUUCACACUAUUUUAUAUCCAUUACAUAUUCUAUCUUGAUUCUGGAUCAUGCAUUGAUUAUGCAUAAGUAGGAGAAAAUGAUAGUGUUCUCAUGUCAAUCUAUAUGGAUAUGUGGACUGUUGCGAGUCUUGUACCGUGAUAUAACUCUACCACCUAACAAACCACAUCUGCCUCUUUGCUUCCAAUCCUUAACCACAAUCUUUCAAAGUAAUGACAUUUAACUGACUGUAGCACUAUUCCAGGACGUUAUUCAGCAGGUAAAACCACAGUGGUAUAAUUAAGAUGUGAUGUACUAUGGUGAAGGAUAAUGAUUCAACUGUUGGUCAUAUCAGUAUUUGGUCAGCUCUGUUAUUCACAUUUUAUUUUUUCUUAAUAAAAAUAUAUUUUGUUCUUGUACUAAUGAAAUUAAGAUUAUUUAUGUCUUGUCAGUUAUUCCUUGUAUCAUACUGUAAAAUGUAAUGGUGUGAUACAUUUUAUAAAAUUAUGUUUAUAAAUAAACAAAUGCUGUAU